CUUCUCCUGUGCUGUCUUGACUCCAGCCUCUCAGGCUUUAAGUAAAGCCUUUAUGUAACUUAUAAUGCCGUCAAAACAAACACUGCUCUCCUGAACCAAACACUUCUGCAGGAAAACAACCACACAACCAGAGUGACUCUGUCCUGGUGGAGACAGAGAGCUUCAGGACAUCCAGUACUUUCCCACAGCGACCUGACAUUCCUCCUCAACGUUACCAAAGAGUUGCAAAGAUUAUAAUAAUAUAUCUUUUUAUUUAAACAAUCAUGGCUGCUGCAUUGUUCAGAAGAGGAGCAGGAUUAUGUUGUAUUCACAGGGAGCUGUGCAGAGCUGUAUGGAGGCCGCAGACUGCAUUGUUCAGCUCCAAACCACCAGACAUAAAACAACCACGCUGGACACACAUCAAGAAAGCCAAGCCGCAGCCGGCGGUGGAUGUCGCUACACUCCUGGAGCAACUCUUCCCCCACCACAGACCAGGAACAGCGCCACCUGUUGCUCGGCCUGCAGAAGCCUCCUUCAUGCCCAACAAACCUCCUAUCGCCUCCUCAGUGAAAGUCUCCGCCUCAAAUGUUCCUCCUUUAUCAAAGACAGAGCCGGAAGCGUCUGUCUCUCCAGCUGCUUCUAGUUUAAAACAAGUCGAUGCUCGUAGACUUUCAAAUGUGACUGUUCCUACAACCUCAGGUUCCUCUUCAACCAGCGCAACAUCUGCAUCUUUAGCAUCAGAAGUAGCUGCAAUAGAAUGCCAAACCUUGAUGGAAACAAUAGAAACCAAAGUAGAAACUGCGACAGAGCCAGUAGAACUCAAAACCGCCACAGCACUUCCCUUAUCAGACCGCAUGGUGGAGGAGAUCGCUGAGACGUCAUCUUCUCCAGCUGCUACAGUAGAACCCUUAAUAGAAACCACAAUAGAAUCACCAGUAGAGCAUAUUGUAUCCUCUGUUGUUGUUGAAGGUCCAGUAGAGCCUACAGUAGAAGCUCCAGCUGAAGAAGUACAAACCAAAGUCACAGACUCAGGAGUGGUUGAUGUCUUACACGCUGCCGAAGAACCUUUAAUAGAAACUACAAUAGAAUCACCAGUAGAAGGCAGCAAUUCCCCUGUGGAAACACAUGAAACCAGAGCUGCUGUUGUUGAGGGUCCAGUAGAUGUAACAGCUCAGAAAGUAGAAACUAAAAGCACAGACUCAGGAGUGGUUGACAUUUCACACAUCACAACAGUAGAACCUUUAAUAGAAACCACAAUAGAACCAGCAGUAGAGAAAAGCAUCUCUCUUCUGGAAGCACUAGAAGAUAGAUCUGCUGUUGCUGAAGGUUCAGUAGAAACUACACUAGAAGCUGAGGCAGUUACAGCAGCUCUAUCAGUACAGACCAACAGCACAGAUUCGGUUCCUCUCAGCCUCUCGCACGCUGCCGAAGCAGAACCUUUAAUAGAAACAACAAUAGAAUCACAAGUAGAUGUUACCGUGGGAACACUAGAAACUAGAGCUGCUGUUGUUGAGGGUCCAGUAGAGCCAACGAUAGACGUCACAGUAGAUGUAGCAGCUCAUACAGUAGAAACCACCAGCACAGACUCAGGAGAUCUUCAAGAGUUGGAAGGAGAAAGUGGUAUGUUGGUGAAGGAGCUCCUCUGUCAUAUUCCUCCCAAAACUCCUGACUCGGUAAAAACAAGUUCAGCCUACGAUCCAGCAGAAGCCAUGACGCUGGAAUCGAUGACUUUAGCAGAAGUGAAGGAAGAAGUUGGAGCUCUAGAAACCGAAGUUCUGCUAGAAACAAGAAACGCACUCGAGGAAGAAGCUAACGUGCUAGCGAAGGAGGAGAAGAUGGAAGUUGUGACAGUGAUGGACGAUGAUGUUUUUGAGGAAACGCCAGAGGCUGAAUUUUUAACGCUGGACUCCAUCUCUGAAGCCGCCGAUGCAAUAGAAGCCGAGACAGCCGUCGUGCUGGAGGCCAUGCUCGGUUCUGGGCAAGACGCUGCUGUUCGAGAAGCAGAAAAAGAAUCCGUGGAGAAGCAAGAUGGCGUCUUGGAGGCCAUGAGUCUGGAGUCUGUGACCUUGGCUGAAGUCGAGGCCUCCUUGGGAACUCUGGAGAAUGAACCCCUGAGUGAAACCAUAAAUUAUCUGGAGACAGAAGCUGAAGUUGUCGCCGGAGAGAAGAAGACGGAGGUGGAGGUGGAGGAUGUGGAUGCGUCUGGAGAGACGACUGACGGUUUGUUUCUGGCUGAAGUCGACGCUCUGCCUGAAGAUCUGCAGAUAGACGCGGUGAUGGAGGAGCUGCUCUUUUCCGUUCCUGCUCCAGUAACCGUGGUAACAGGAGGACUGAUCGAUCGGGAGAUUGUAAAAGCGGAUUCUUUGGAUGCAACGGUGGCCACUGGGUCAGUCGAUGUCGAUACAGCGGCUGCAGUGACAGAUGAUCCUCCGGCUUCUCCUGCUCUGAAGGAGGUGCUGAUGGAGGAGGAGGAGGAGGAGAAGGAGGGAGCAAAGGAUGAAGCCUUGGAGAAUGAAGAUGGAAAAGGGACACAUGCGGAUUUAGAUCCGGUACAGAGACUCUUCCUGGAGAAGAUCAAAGAAUACAACAACAUGCGCAGGUUGAAUGGAGGACUGAUGGAGGCGGAGCCGGACUACGAAAAACACCUAUCAGAGGAGACGGCGAAGCUCCAGAGACUUUAUGGAGGAGGAGACCUGAGCAGCUUCCCUCAGUUCACCUUCACCGAGCCACAAUUGGACCAGGACUCCAAAUGAUCCAUGACACCCACAUCCCACUCUUUAUGGUCUUCCUUAACC